AUGUUCAGACUUUGUUCAUUUUUAACUGUGAAGCAAAUCAAACUUAAAAAAAUUGCAGAAGGAAAUCAAGGAGCAAAAAUAUAUUGGUCGUCAGUUACUUACACCUCUAAUCCAACUUACUUCUCGGAUUUUAGUGUGAUCAUAUUUAACGACACAGAUGGUGAAACAAAAUCAAAUGCGACUUUAACUCAAAUAGAGGACAUGGAAAAGUUUAUAAUCACAAUUGUACUUAAACAAAGUUCCAAGAAAGGGAUGAAAGAUUUUGAUCGAGAAUUAUUAAGAAUUAAUGCAGAUACAUGCAAAUUAUCCCAAGGUUCAUUCAAAAAUUAUAUUGUACGCAACAUUUAUAGAGAUAUUAGAGAGUUUUCCAACUUAAAAUUUUCAUGUCCUCAACCAAAAGGUACAUUCUACCUCAGAGAAUUUAUAUUGCCUGGUACUAUACCAUUUAUAGAUAAACUUAUACCGAAUAUUUCUAAUGGUUACUUUGAAUUCACUUUGCUGAUUCGAGCAAAACCAUUCAAAAAGAAAUUGACCAACGGUGUUUCUGUGAAGGCUUAUGGAGUUUUUACAUGA